GGAAACUGUUUUGUGGGGACGGGGGGCAGUUUUGAGGGAAUCCCUUUGCCGAUUGGUUGCUGCUGUUCGCUGCAUUACAUCAUCGGCCGGCCGGCAGGGCGGGGGAAAGUGACAGGACACUGGGAGAUCGAUCCAGCAGUGGGUCGGAGCAUCUGAACUGGGCGAAGUGUGGAGAAGAGGCAGCCGAACGGUACCAACUCUCUGAAUUAACCAGAGACCAGGACCUCAGUCGAGAGAGAGAGAGAGCGAGCGAGCGAGAACUGCUGGAUAACGGUAUCCCAGAGACUAGCGCUGACCUCUGGACCUCGAGGGCAAGGAGCUGAGUUUAAGCUCCCUCGCUGCCCAGGGAAGUAGCGUAGAAUGAAAGCCAUCCUUUGUAUCCUCCAUCGUUCGUUGGUCCUGGUGGUCCUCCUCGGCAUCUUGGAGCUACAUGGCUUGGUACAGGACGAUGCCGUGAAGCAAGUCCCCAGGAUUCAAGCGCGGCUGGCAGGCAGGAGGAAGAAAGGGAACGAGGGGCGGAUCGAGGUCCACUACAACGGCGAGUGGGGCACGGUGUGUGAUGAUGACUUCUCCAUUGCAACGGCGCAUGUGAUAUGUAAGGAACUCGGCUUCAUUCAAGCGGAAAGCUGGGUGGCUGGUGCCAAGUAUGGCCAUGGAAAAGGCCGUAUUUGGAUGGAUAACAUCCGGUGUACCGGGCGCGAGACCACCCUCGCUGCUUGCAGUUUCAACGGCUGGGGGAUCACUAACUGCAAACACUCAGAAGACGUGGGAGUGGUGUGCAACGAAAAGAGAAUACCUGGCUUCAAAUUCACCAACGCUGUCUUCAACGAUAUAGAGGAAGGGCAGCAGCAUGUGGAAGAUAUUCGCAUUAGGGGGGUCUUUGGCCCGUCUCGGAGGAGCCUGCCCGUGACCGAGGGCUACGUGGAGGUGAAACAGGACGGGAAAUGGAAGCAGAUCUGUAGCACAGACUGGACAGAGCUCAACACCAGGGUGACCUGUGGCAUGUUCGGCUUCCCGGCCGAGAAAAGCUACAACACCCGAGUUUACAGGACAUUUGCCAGCAGGAAGAAGCACAUCUUCUGGCCCUACUCCAUCAACUGCACAGGCAACGAAGUCCACAUCUCCAACUGCGGCUUGGGUUUGUUGGCAGUGAGUAGCAACAGUACGUGCGGGAACCAGAUGCCCGUGGUGGUGAGCUGUGUCACGGGCCGCCCCUUCGCUACCAUCACCCCCUCCCGAGUCCGCAAGGCCUUCCCGCUCAAGGAACCGCAGGUUCGACUCAGAGGAGGUCCCAAGAUCGGAGAAGGCAGAGUGGAGGUGUUGAAGAACGGGCAGUGGGGAACAAUCUGCGAUGGUUAUUGGGGCCUCGUGUCAGCCAGUGUGGUCUGUCGGCAGCUGGGAUUCGGCACUGCCAAGGAUGCCUUGGGCGGGGCUCAAAUGGGCAAAGGUAUUGGCUCAGUGCACAUGGGCAAGGUGUUGUGUACGGGUUUCGAGAACUCCAUCACCGACUGCUCCUUCAACCAGCUUGACCUGUGCGGCCACGAUGAGGAUGCCUCAGUCCGCUGCAACAUUCCUGCCAUGGGCUUUGAGAACCAGAUCCGCCUGGCUGGAGGUCGUACCCCCUACGAGGGGCGGGUGGAGGUAUUUGCGAAGAGGAAUGGCACCCAGAGGUGGGGGACGGUCUGCAGUGACAACUGGGGCAUCAUGGAGGCUCUGGUGGUGUGUCAGCAGCUGGGCCUGGGCUUUGCUGAUCAUGCGGUUCAGGACUCGUGGUUCUGGGAAGGGGACCGAUCAGCAGAUGAGGUGGUGAUGAGCGGAGUGAAGUGCUCCGGGGCAGAGCUGUCUCUCUUCCAGUGUCGCCACCAUCGUGAAGACCUCGAGUGCACUAAGGGAGGGGGGCGUUUUGCUGCUGGGAUCUCCUGCACUGAAGCUGCUUCCGAUAUCGUUCUCAAUCCCCAGGUCGUUCAGGAGACCACGUACCUGGAGAACCGGCCCAUGUCCAUGCUGACCUGCGCCAUGGAGGAGAACUGCCUGGCCUCCUCCGCUGUGGGCCAGCCCUUUCUCUCCAGCUUCCGCCGCUUGCUCCGCUUCUCCUCGCAGAUCCACAACAACGGCGAGGCCGACUUCCGGCCCAAGGCCGGGCGCCAAGACUGGGUGUGGCACGAAUGCCAUAGGCACUACCAUAGCAUGGAUGUCUUCACAAACUAUGACCUGCUCUCGCUGAAUGGGACAAAGGUGGCGGAGGGACACAAGGCCAGCUUCUGCCUCGAGGACACAGAGUGCGGGAAUGAAGCGGGGAGGAGGUACCAAUGCGCCAACUUUGGUGAGCAGGGCAUCACAGCGGGCUGCUGGGACACAUACCGGCACGACAUCGACUGCCAGUGGAUCGACAUCACUGACGUAGAACCGGGCGAGUACGUGCUGCAGGUCGUUGUCAAUCCCAACUUCGAGGUGGCAGAGUCGGACUACACCAACAAUGUGGUGAAGUGUCGGUGCAAGUUCGAUGGGCAUCGCGUCUGGUCUUACAACUGCCACAUCGGUGGGUCCUUGAAUGCAGAGACGGAGGAGCAAUUUGACCACUUUCCCGGAUUGAUGAGCAACCAUCUGUACAACUGGUAACGCCGGGGGCCCGAGGGACAGGUCUCUGCAGUAACGCUUACCAAAGGAGAUGCUCAGUGAUACUGUCAAUGGCAGAGAGUGACACUGGCCCAAUGCAACAUUGCUGUUAUACUUCCACUUCCAGGAUCAACGCGGGCCGCGGGGGUAAAAUAAUUAUCUGGCGUGAAGUGCUCUCCCCUCAAGGAAGCAGCACCUGGAACAUGAGCCUCCAACAUCAAAAACACACACGCAUGCAUGUUAAAACACACACAGAUCGGAUGCACACAAGAGCGCAAACACGCAUGCUCACAGAUAAACAUGGACUAUGCACAUGGCAUCUGCACAUGUACACACAUGCAGAUGCAUGGUUCACCUGCACGGAAAUCCACACGGAUACACAUGUAAACACGCAAAUGUGCACGCAUGCAUGCUCACAACUAUUCACAUGUGCAACCAAGGAUUCAUCCACACAAGCAUGCAGCCCCAUGCACACACAACCCUGAAUGUGUGCGUGCAUGUAUACAUAUACAGACACAUACAUACACCUAUACACACCUACAAACACAGGCACACUGACACAUAUACUGAAACACACACACAAGCACACAGAGACACUGACACACAUACACACACUAAAACAUGCACGUAUAGACACAGACACAACUAAAUACAUGUACAUACAUACACAGUCACACACAGACACAUACACACACAGACACAUACACAAAGGCACAAUCAAACACACAGUCACACACAGACUUGCACACACAGACACAGAUGUGCACGCAGACAUAGUCGCAUAGGGACACGCACACACAAAUUUGCGCACACAGACAGUCACACACAGACAUGCACACACAAAUAUGCUCAAUCACACACAGACACACACAGUCACACACAGACACAGAUGUGCAUGCAUAGACAUAGUCACACGCUGACAUGCACUCACAGACGUAGGCACACCCUAACACACACACACGCGCGCACACACAUACCACGCACGCACGCACACACACACGCACACACGCACACACGCACACACGCACACACGCACACACACACACACACACACACACACACACACACACACACACACACACACACACACACACACACACACACACACGAGCGGCUUGGCUUCUGUCCCCGGCUGUGUCUCUCUCAGCCCCUGUGGCAGAUGGUGGUCAGCAGGCUCGGGCAAGCCUGGCAUCUGCCGUGGGUCUACCUGGCCCCUUCUCCAGGGCCGGAGGGAGAGAGUGACCCAGUACAGGGUCUCGAAGCCAAAGAGCGCCGCAUGACAUUCAGGGUCACUCGUUAGUUUUAUUUUACUCUUGCGACACGAGUCCUCAGAAGGGGAGGCCACAUCUCAUUUCACGAUGGGAGGUAGUGAAAUGCACACCACAGUUGAAGGGUGAAUGGGCAACAGCCUUCUGUCAACUCCAAAUGCUCAACGCUUUGUUAUGGUCCAUGUCUGAGUCUUUGUACCUCCUAGACCCAUCUGCUUUGUACAGUACAGAAAACUACAGCUGUGCAUCUCAAGGUUGGUUCAUUACUUGGAAUUUGCAAACAAAAGAACCACUGCAUAAUAAAAGAGUUACCGGUGA